AUGGGCCUCCAAUGGAUAGGACAAAUGCGGGAGCGCAUGCAAGACUUGAUGUCAGAAUCGUUGUCAGAGGACAUGCCAAAACGGAUGCCAGAUUUCCAGAUGUAUUGCUGUGCUGCCUUUGGGAGGAAGCACAAGCGUUGCUUCGACACGUUCUUCAGAAAUCUCAUUCUCUCGCCUUGUGUUUUGCAUGUUGGGGCGUGUUGGUUCUUCUCGCGUUCAGCUGGUGUUUUGCAUGUGGGGCUGACUUGGCUUCGGCGCCGCACCAGACCCCGUAUGGGUCGCCAGUUCUGCACUCGGAUAGCUUCUAGAUGCCAGCGUGCAAUUUUAAGUGGACUUCCAAUCUUGCAAUUGCCGUUUGCUAUGGUAAUGCAGUAG